AUGCGCAGGCGUGCCCUCUUGAGUGGGGAUUGGCGGGCGCGGGGCGGGACGGGGCGGGACGGGGCGGGACUCCCGUCUCGGCGCAGGCUCUGUGGGCGGAGAGGACGGAGCUGCCGGUGUCAGUUGGUUCAAGUGUCCCGGCCUGAGGCGUUCUGCCCAUCCCUUCCCUUCCCGGCGCCUCGAACGGCAGAUCAUUCAUCAAGGAUUUUCUAUCCAAGGCCCAAAAGUUUAUUACCCAAGAUGAUGAAUGCUGACAUGGAUGCAGUUGACGCUGAAAAUCAGGUGGAACUGGAGGAAAAAACACGACUUAUUAAUCAAGUGUUGGAACUCCAACACACACUUGAAGAUCUUUCUGCAAGAGUAGAUGCAGUUAAGGAAGAAAAUCUGAAGCUAAAAUCAGAAAACCAAGUUCUUGGACAAUAUAUAGAAAACCUCAUGUCAGCUUCUAGCGUUUUUCAAACAACUGACACAAAAAGCAAAAGAAAAUAAGGGAUUGAUAUCCCUUCUGUUUUACGGAAUUGCUGCUGAUCAUUUUUUCUUUAAAACUUGGAUAGAUUCCAAAAGUAAUAGUACUUUUGUUUGUGGCUUCCUUGAAUAUUUAUGAAGAUAAUGUCAGGUCUAGGCAAAAUUAAGAGCAUAACAGAAGACUUCCAUGAGUUUGUGUAUUAUGUUAGUCUAUAAAAACGUGCACAUGUAUUGUAGAGACUUUAUAAUUAGAAAUGCAUAUAUUUAUGAAACUUGAAAAUGUUUUACUGAAUUUGAUUUAUAGGUUUAGCACUGUCUUUUAUUUUAGGCAUAGUAAGAGAUACAAGAAAAUAACCACCAUGUUGUGAAAAAGUGACCAAAAUCAUGUACUGAAUGCACAGCUUUAUGUACCCUGUCCACCAUCGUGUGCCUCUUCUCAUUUGCUUAUUCCCCUUUUCCUUCCUCUAAGGAAAAAAUUGGUUUCACAUUUGUAAAAGUAAUUUCAAUAGUUAAUCACCUAUGAGAGUAACCUGAACUCUAAUUGUUGACACUUAACCAAAAUAAGAUCCUUUCUCAGUUAGGGCUUGUUAUAUUUAGUAAUAAGAUAGGGUGGCUGGUUUCUCUUGAAUCAGUUGAAAACAGAGGCUAUAUAAAUGAUUUUUAUUUGAAACUGAAUUGUCAUAUUGGGAAGAUUUGAUGUUAAAAACUUCCCUUUGCACAAAAUAACCCACUUGAGAUCUGAAAAGGUGAGCUCUGGUUGUGUGUGUGUUUGAAAUAGAAAAUUUUUAGAAACAUAGAAGUAGGAUGGAAAAAGUACUUGGUAAACAGUAGUAACCAACUCCAAAUGUUUUUACUCCAGGUUUGUGUUCUCUCUGGCACAGACAGAUCUUUUGGGGGAUAUAUAUGAAAGUGGAUUAAGUUUGGCUAACCUUAUGUAAACCACAUCUAGAAGAGAAUAGUUACAAAAAGUUUGGUGUCAAGGUUUAUUUGUAGUACCCAGCAGAUCAACUUUUGCAAAAUCCCUUAAGAGUGUAUUAGUAUCGGAAUCAUGAAUAAAACGGGAGAGUUGUACAUGUAUACUAAUGGAUACUUUCUCAGUAUUUGCUCUUACUACUUCUCCCAGAAUUUUCUGUAAACCCAACUACUUGGUUUGCAGGGUUUAGUCAUUCUUUUAACAAUUUUUAAAAAUUUAGUUUGUAGAUUCUAUUUGGUAAGGAAAUUAGUAUAAGAAGUGUAAUGUUAAAAUAUUAAAUAAAAAAGAAAUCCACUAAUAUAGCUUAUGGUUAUUAGAAUUGGGAUACUUUUAAUCAUGGAAUAAUAAUGUUUGUAUUGGUGUAAGAUUUGCUGACUUUAGCUGUAUGAAUAUAUAAUAGUCAUACUGCAAACAUUUUGCAUCCUUUUGUGACCUAACUUACAAACAUUUAAAAUUGUGUUGCAAUUAUGUUUUGCUGUUUAAUAAAAAGCUGUUUCAGAGA